AUGGAGAAAAUCUUUACUGCAAAUGGAACACCUGAGGCCCAAAAGGUUAAUCAAGCUACGUUUUACCUACGUGAGGAAGCUGACACAUGGUGGGAAACUGAGGGACAAACCAUUAGUAACCAACCAAACAUUGACUGGGAUUCUUUUAAGGUUGCUAUUAGAGGUCGAUUCUUCCCUGAACAUAUUAGGAGACAAAAAUACAGUGAAUUCAAUAGGUUGAACCAAGGGAAGUUUAUGAGUGUCAAGGAAUAUGGCCAAAAUUUUAAUGAGUAUGCUAAGUUUUGCCCUAACAUGGUCCCUGAUGAAGUUUCUAAGGCACAAAAAUUUGAGGAUGGUUUAGCUUUCAGGAUACAAACUAGGUUAGGAGGAAGUACCUCAUCUACCCUUGCAGAGGCUUAUUCUAAGGCUUGUAACAUGGAGAGGAUCUUACAAAGAGAAGAAGAUGUGUUGGGAAGGAACAAGAGGAAAGACCAAAGUAAUGCUGAUAGUCAAAGUAAUGAUAAAAGACCUUGUUUUGGUAACAAUGGGGGUAAUGUUAGGAACAAUCACCACGGAGGAGGACAUAACGAUAGGAAUUACCGAAAUCCUAGGCAGAAUGAAAACCAGCAAAGGAAUGGCAACCAGAGGGCUUGGGUUUGCAAGAAAUGUGAGAAGAGUCAUUCGGGCUAUACGUGUCAAGGCGAACCAAUUAAAUGUUAUGCUUGUGGUGAAGCUGGACAUAAGGCUAAUUAUUGUCCCAAGAGGCAAGAAGGAAACCAAACAGAGCAGAAUGGACACAACAAGGGCUAUAAUAACAAUGGAGGAGGACCUAGGAACCAUAACUUCAACAACAACCGCUCGAACAAUACUCAAGCAGGAAAUGGUUCAGCAAAUGACAAGAACAACGCCAACAACAAUCAGAACAACAAUGGAAACAAUGGAAAUGAAGGACGCACUUUCAAUGGGAGACUCCACGUUACGAGCAAGAGUGAAGUUGAGUCGGACGCCAACAUUGUAACGGGUACUUUCCUUGUAAACUCUAAACCUGCUUUUGUACUCUUUGAUUCUGGAGCUUCACAUUCCUUUUUAUCUAAAUCUUUUAUCGAAAAACAUUCCCUUAAACCUUCUUCCUCAUGUCAAGCUAAGGUAACCACACCCUCAGGUGAAACCUUUCUCAGUAAGAACCUUUACUUCGGUAUGUCUAUUGUCAUCUCUGAAACCGAACUACCCGUGAACCUUAUCGAGUUUAAUUUAAAAGACUUCGAUUUGGUUUUGGGAAUGGAUUGGUUAAGGAAGUAUCAGGCAAAAAUCAAUUGUGCUAAACAGAGAAUUACCUUUAGAGGCCCUAAGGAAAAUAAACUAACCUACCAAGAAACUACUUCCGAGCCACCAAAGACCAAGCUUAUCUCCGCCUUAAAUCUCCAGACCCAUCUUAGGAAAGGCUACCCGUAUAUUUGUGCAAUGUAA